UGCCUACUUUUUGCCUUUUGUUUGUCCUGGGCCUGGUCUCAAGUCGUCUUGUACCAACUAGAUGUAAAAACUGCGCAAUACCCCACGCAGGUGCAGGGGUGAUGAUGAUGAUGAUGAUGAAAAAGCCAGAAUGAGAAAGCUUUGUAAAGUCUUGCGAAUUGUCUUCAACUUCGUACCCACGGACAAGUCUAUGAUUGCAAUUUUAGCCGUGAACGCGUUUACCGAACCAAUGUCGAUUCAGCACCCAUCAAGUAGCGAUGUGUAUGGUGCUGCUGCACCGGCCGCGCGCACGCCCCGCCUGCCGCCAAGAUUGCCGACACGGGCAGACAGUCCGAGCCCGAGCUGGCGCUUAAAGCUUGAGGCAAUGCAAAACGAAUGGACCGGGAGCGCAACGACCGCCGGCGCCCCCGGGAGCAGUGUAUUUCUGGCGAACUUUCUUCAUUCGUUCCCAUGCGUAGUAGUAUAAAAUUUUUAGCUCCUUCACUGUAAUUGCUCGUCAUGCGCUCUCGUUGAUCGGCAGUGGUCUAUCUCGUACUGACGACUUCGUAUAGAUACAAAGAAAUGCAAUACUUCCAAACCUUCACGACCCAGGUAACCGGCCGAGACUCCGGGUUCGCCACUGCGGAAAAAGAUUUCGCCCGACGGUCGCUUUCCCUCCUCCGAGGGACUUCGAAAACGACGAGAGACAGCACAUGUGUCGAUCCCACAAUUACUUCGGACGAGGAACUGCAUGCGUCGAAGGCUUCCACCAGCAGCGAGCGCACCACGUCCCCGCUGAAAAGCAUGGAGACGCUUGGCUCGACCGCGAAGAAGAUGGAGCUCUCUCCCACCGCCUCCUCGCCUUUGACCAUCAACAAAUCCGCCUCCAACAACAGCAACCCCACUACUGCAACGGAACAGGAAAAAAUGAAAACCAAGCUGUUGGAGAAGGAGCUACUCCUGACCAGAGCGGCGUUGCAGGACGCCAAGGGGGAGCUGGAGAUCGAAAAGGUGAUGCACGAGGCCGACAAGCUGACGCACGACCAACAGGACGAGGAGGCGCUGAUGCAGGAAAUCGAAAGACAAGCCGGGGAGUUGACGUUCGUCCGGGCACAGCUCUCGCACGCGAAGGAGAGAGAGAGAACGGCGAACGCGGAACUGGUUCGGCUCAGGGGGUUGCUCGCGACGAAGGCGGAGGAGAGCAGGUAGUUGAGAGUUUGCUUUGCUGCUGUGUGAGUAGCAUCAGUCACUUCUCUAGCCGGGGACUACUUCUUAACUGUACUGGCCUAUGAUCGGGUGUGAAUCGGUGUGAAUACACUCAGUGCAAAAAAAAACAAUCAGCCUGCAGAGCAAAACGUCCCAUCUCCGGAACGAAGUGGAGAGCGUUUUGAGCCGUGACUUGAAGGAGGAGCUGACCACUCUGCGCAGGGACAUGGAGCAGAAAGUAGCCGCACGCGACCGAGAAAUCAAGGAGCUGCGGGAUGAAGCGGAGGAACGAGAGCAGGUAGAGACAGAGAGUUUGUUGUCAUGGUGCUUGUUCUACUGUAGUAUAAAUUUGCAUUUUUCUAAUUCUACUGCGACUGCAAGAGAAGCUUCUAUGCAUAUGUGUAUGUAGGUACACUACACAGCUGCAUUCUUGAGUAGUUCGAAUCUGUACUAAACAAUUCAUAGAUUCGCGAGGAGAAGGAGCAGGAAGCGCUUCGGCUCCUGGUCCAGCAAGCGCAGCUGAAGACCGAGGUACAAAAGCUCGAAUGUGACCAGAUCACCAGGUUCGUAUCCCGGAGUAUGCUUUGCAAAAGUAAAAUAUCGUAUUGCCUAAUAGUGCAACGUGCAUCUCAAUUUGUUUUGUCUACAGGAGAAACGACACUUCUUAUCAUGCAGAUUCUGGUAGAGAAUGAGAAAGCGCAUUUGUCCUGCGAUGUUACAGCAAUUUAUUACUUUUACGAGUACGAGACUUUUGCACGGGAUACGGAGUGACUACGAGCAACUCCAGAAGCAACUGGCCGAUGCGUUUCGGGAGAAAGACGAAAUUGUCGCGGCAAAGAAUCACGAGUUGGAAGUUACCACCACCGCCUUGCGAGAGGAGCUGGAAGAAGCGAAGCAGGCAGCGUUGCAGGUAAGGCAGCAGCUGGAGGACCAGAAAGCGAGCAGAAAUGCAGCCUCUUCUCCUUUCGUUCCGCAGCUCUCAUCCAGCAGCUCUACAAGUAGUUCCGGUGCCUUCUUUCAGCAGCAGCAUUUCGACCUCAACAACAACCUCGCGGGAGAUCAUGUUGCCUUGACCAACGCUGGUGGUGCUUCUAGUUCAUCUAAUGCUCCUACGGGCGCCGGCACGCCCACCGCGCUCCGCGCCACCUUGGCGAAGCACCGGGGCGAGAUUCAGGCCAUCCAGCGGGCGAAGGACAAUUUGGAAGCACUGUUGCUAGAGGAGCUACACGAGCUGAAGUCAGCGAACGAGCUGAAGGAAAAGUCCAUUCAGGAGCAGCAGGUGCAAAUGGAAAAUCUGAAACUGGACGCGGAGGAGCGGAUACGGAAAAAGAUGCGCGACUUCACCCUGGAACUGCGCUCGAUGUUCGAACAGGAUUGGCAGGAAGAGGAAGAAGCGCUGAAGCUGAGCUACGACACGAAAAUUUCCCAGCUGGAGGACGCCUUGACGACGGUGCAAAAGUCCGAGUUGAAAGCGGUCGAAGAAGUGGCGGAGUUGCGAGCUGGGUAAGUACUAUUUUUUGUUUAACACUGCAUGUUUCAGAUUCAGAUGUAGUUGCAGCAUGUUCAUCGUUGUUAAAACAAGGCUCCUGCAUGUUAAUGGCGCGGAAGAGUCAAGAUGUUUUUAUGAAAAUUUCAGCGACAGUGUGUAUGUGAUUUGAGAAAAGAACAAAAACUCCCACAGCCUCUCCCUCGCCGAGCGACAGCUGCAGCAGGUUCAGGAGAAGCAGUACGAGAUGGAAUCGUACCGUAGGCGCGAAUUAGUCGCCAAAGAGGAGCUGCAGAUCCGGUGUGAAUCUUCCGAACAGGACGUAGAGAAGCUGCGACAGGAGCUCCACGAAGUCAUCAACAAGGCCGAGGAUGACCAUUUAGCUUUCCGGUCCGCGGAGGCGUGUUUACAGCAGGAACUGCUGCAGCUACGGAAGAAGAUCUUGAAGACGGAGCUGCAACAGGAACUCGACAACGGCACUGCAGGUGGUUAUACUACUAGCAAUGGUUCUGCUUCUUCUGUAGCGGCCGGCUUGAGUAGUGCGAAGCGGUUAACGAAUUUUUCGGCGUUGGCGCCGGCGGUUGGAGCGGGAAUCCCUGGGGGGAGAGGAAGUGGUGUUGGUGCUGUUCCAGAGUACCGAAGAAGAUCAGGGUGUUUUGACCCCUAGUAAAGAUACGUUUUUGGCUUUGACUUUAGCUUCUAAAUGCGCUGAACUAAUCCGGCCUUCUGCCUUCUGCGUAGUGAUAGUGAAGGAGUCGGAGAACUAUUUCCGGAACGUGUUUUGUUCACAAGCUGUUUUGUUCCACACUUGUUUCAUCUGUUCGUUUAUCGAUCCGGCAAGAGCAAUGGAGAGAAGUACCAAAAGAAGUGGAAUCUCAAAGCGG